AUGGCCGGCCCCUUGAAGAAGCGCGGCAUGCCGGCACUGGGGUGGUGGCUCAUGGCUGUCGGCACCUUCCGCUCCGCCUUCACCUGGUCGUGCUUCUUCGGCUCCUCGUCGCUCUGCUCGGCCACCUUCUCCGAGAUACAGGUGAGCAGCGUGCAUGGGCGCACGGUUGCGGUGUGGACGCUGCUGUCGUGCACGCUCUGCUUCCUGUGCGCCUUCAACCUCCACAGCAAUCCACUGUACCUAGCCACCUUCCUGUCCUUCGUCUACGCCAUCGGCUACCUGAGCGUCGAGUGCGUGGUGUACCACGCCAUCAGUGCAGCUAGUCUCGUCCCGUUCACCUUCAUCGCAGGGACAUCCAUGUUCUGGAUGCUACUUCAGUGGAACUCGGAUGGCGAUGGCCCCAGUCUGCGUGGGGCAACUUCCAAGCAGCCCUGA